AUGUCUGACGAGCGUGAAUCCUCUCCCACGCCUUCGGAGCGAGCCCGCAAAGACGCCGAAGACCGCAAGCGUGAGGAGGAAGAACAGGCCACCCUACCCUACAAAUGGACGCAGACGCUCGAGGAAGCCGACAUCACAGUGCCGAUCCCAGGGAAUCUGAAAGCGCGAGACCUGGUGGUCGAGUUGAAGAAAACACACAUCAAAGUCGGGAUCAAAGGCCAAGAACCCAUCAUUGAUGGUGACUUCCCACAUCCCAUUCAAACGGACGACUCGACGUGGCUGCUAUCGACCAAAGCGGACGGGUCGAAAGAGAUCGCCAUCAAUCUCGCCAAAGCGCGCGGGUCGUACUGGUGGGCGCACAUCGUCACGUCGGCUCCCAAGAUCGACAUCACCAAGAUCCAACCUGAAAACUCAAAGCUGUCGGAACUUGACGGCGAGACCAGAGGUAUGGUCGAGAAGAUGAUGUACGACCAGGAGAUGAAGAGGCAGGGCAAGCCGACCAGCGACGAACAGAAGAAGGACGAAAUACUGAAGAAGUUCAUGGCGCAGCACCCGGAAAUGGACUUUAGUCAGGCCAAGAUGGCUUGA